UUUUGGCUCGAGCCGUGCUGGCUCAGGCUAGCUUUUCUUUAAGCCCAGGCAGUAUACAUCCACAUACCUACAUACUUCGCCAGCGAUCCCAGGCCGCCAUGUCUGGCGCCGCCGUGCCGAGGUUCGGGUGUGCGGCCGUGCUCGGCGCAGCGGGCCGCUCCCUGGCGCUUCUCUGCGUGGCCCUGCUCCUUGCUGCGGACUGCCUGCUGCGGCAUCGCACCUCCGCCGCCCUGCUCACGCUCUACGCGGCCCUGCUUACGAAGCUUUGGCACCCGUUGCCGUCGCCGUGCGAGCCGUCGUCGCUCCCAGGCGCCGCCGGCGAGGCGGGCACGUUCGCGUCCGUGGAGCAGACCCUGGCCGCCCGGUCGAACCUGUCGCUGGACGGCGGGGCGAUCCCCGAGCUGCUCGCCCCCGCGCCUCUCACGCGCGCGUGCGUCUUGGCGGGCGCAGGCGCAGCAGGCGGCUCUGGGGCCGCCGACGGUGCUGGUGCCGAGGCCCGGCGGCCCGCGGUGCUGCGCCGGGAUGCGCCGAAGGGGCCGAGCCUCCAGGGCUCCGGCGGUGCCGCUGCUGGCGUCCACGGGGCGCGGCGGCCCGUGGUGCUGCGGCGGGACCUUCCGCCGAGGGCCGCGUGGUUCAGAGGCCCGGCGGCCGCGCGAAACAGCACGCAGGCCCUGUCGGAGGGGGGCCCGGCCAGCCUGCUCUCGUUCGCUGCCGCGCAGCUGGAGGGCUCGCUUCGCGCCCCAGCCAACCACACCCAGGCGCAGAGGGCGAGGCUGUUGGAGGACCUCGCGGAGGUCUACGCCGCGCUGGUGGGCGCAUACUCCAGGCGGGCGGAUCACGCCGGCGCGGCGCGGGCCGCGGAGCGAGCGCUGCGCGCCGCGGUGGAGAGCGGCAGCAGCCGCGCCGUGGCGCGCUGCCACAACAGCUGGGGGCACGCGGAGAUGGCGCGCCUGGACUUCGAGGCGGCGCGCGGCCGCUUCGGAGACGCACUGCGCACGAGCGGGGUGGUCGACCUGGACCCCGACGACGCGGCCGCGGUGCGAGCGGAGGCCCUCAGCGGCUCUGGCUGGGCCGCCAUGCUGAGCGCGCGCGCCUCCGAGGCUGCGGAGCUCUUUGGCGGUGCGGCCAGCCUCAUGGGCGUGGAGCCAAAAGGCGCAGGUGGGCCGAGGCCGUGCUUGCCGAUUGGCGACGGACUGGACGGGCUGCGCGCCGAGGCGCUCUCGGGCCUCAGCAUCUGGGCGUGGCAGACGAACUCCUCGGCGCUGGCACCGAUCGAGCUCUCCUCUUGCGCAGCGGGCCUUCUUGCCUGGGAGCCGGGCGGCGGGCGCGGCGCCGCGCCUCACGCUGGCCCGCAGGCGGGUGGGGCGUUGGCGAUGGCGCGCGCGGUGGUGGGGCAGGCGCGGGUGCGCCCCGCAGCGCGCGAGGCCCUCACGCCGGCGGCAGAGCCCGGGCCGUCCCUGGCGCGGCACCUGGCGAGCUACGGGCACGCGAUGAUCCUCGGCGCUGGGUCGCGCUGCCCGCCUGCGUGUGCGGCGCGGGUGUUGCCGCUGCUGCGGCGCGCAGAGGGCCUGGAGCCCCUGGGCGCGCCCUGGCCGCGCAGCGAGCGGGCGGACCUGCUGAGGGCGCUGGGCUCCGCGGAGCUCCUGUCCGGCGACGGCGCCGGGGCCCUUCGCAGCCUGCGGCGCGCCGUGGAGCUGGACGAGGAGGAGUUGCGGCUUGUCCCGGGGCCCGUCGCCCACGGCGAGCGGGGCAGGGCCUGGGGAGCCAGCGGCGGCUGCAAGACGCCCAGGGCAGUUACCGCCGUGCGUGGCGCUCGGCGCUCGCCAGGGGCGCCCUCGACGUGUGCCCGAACAGCCCCGCGGACGCGUUCCGCCUCGGCACCACCUGCGGCGCGGAGAACGGCGUGGGCGACGUUCCCAAGUGAUCGGGGAGCCUCGUGCAGUGGGGGGGAGUGAGUUCGCCUGCCGCUUCCUGGGGAAACGCCAGUCGCGACCACCAGUGGGAUCGUUUGCUUACUUCAGACGAGUGACGAGGAAUGAAG